AUGUCGCAAGGUCGCCGUGAUAACCAAACGCUACCGCGCUUAGGCGGUGCCACCGCCUCCACCCACACACGCGAUGCGAUCCGUACGUACGGCGCGGCCGACAAGCGAGCUGCCGCCCCUCUCACCAACGAAUGGACGAGCAUUGCUACGCUGCGUCGUGUCUACGCACCGUCGGCGCCUAUGGAUGUAACGCAGAAACUCAGUAAGCGACGGACCGGCCGCCACCAUCACCUCGUCCCUCUUGACGCGCGCGACUCCGCCAAGCGACGCGACGACACGGAUGCGCAGCGUUUCAUGGCAGCCGUGGAGGAGUCGCAGCGGACGGCGAUCAAGUUCGAGGAACACCGGCACCGCCUGCAUGUACUAAACCGGCGCUUUGCGCAGGAGCGGCUGGUGGAGUCAGCGCCGCACCCCCCGACUCUCUACGCCGAGUGCGUCGAAGAGCCACGUGAAGUGAAUCGCUCUGACGCCUCUCCGGAGCGGCCCUUGAUCGACGAGCUGAAGGCACCCACGCCUGUCAAGCCGUCCGUGCCCAACAUCCGUCCUCAGCGCGAGCUCAUGUCAGCGCACGUGGUGGAUGGCGUUCUGCAGUCAUGCUUUGAGGAGCGGCGCGACGGUGGCCGUACAAGCGUGUCCUUACCGCACCUCGCAGCGGAGGAGGAGCAACCUCCCCCGCUGAGUGCCGUAGAAGAAGGCCCACCUAGUGAUAGUGCCGUGCCCACGGAUGCAACGAAGCUGCGACGGCUGCGCCAUGAUCUCUCCGCUAUGCUGCUCGACGCGUGGUGUGCGGACAUUGGGACAGACACAUCGCGGAAGGGAGUCGCCGCAGAGGAGGUGGCCGUGCUGCGCGAGAUGUCAGAGGAGCCCCCGCACACCCCACUCAGAAGCCAGCACAGUGACGCUGACUUGGUCGCUUCUGAGACGGUGGAGCACAGCGAUGACGACCUAAAGCGCGCUGGCGAGGCGGAGGUUUCAUACCUGGUCGACGACGCCCUUCAGGCGUCCGAGGCGAUGCCAUCGUCGCGUCCGCUGCAUCCCACCGCAUCGGAGUCGCCGACUAAACAGUCCAGUCCCCCUCCCGUUGCGACGCAUGCCGAGGAGGAAGUGGCGGCGGAGGAGGUGGACAAUGCACUCCACGAUGCUGGCGCUGGCAAGGAUACGGUGGACGACGGGGCGUUGUGUCGUGCUCGCCGAGAGGAAGCCGCUGCUUUGGUUUCCGAGGCCAUUGAAUCCCGCGACAGCGAGCUGCCCGCGCUGCAAUCGCACGCGGAAGAGGCACCGGCAAGCCCGGAGGAAGAGAAGGAGGCUGAUGCGCUGCACUCCAUGGAGGCAGAGCUCCCGCGGCUUGUGGACUACGCGACGGAGCCUCCUGCGGAAGCUGAAGAGCGUCCCGAUGAGAGAGCUGACCUGCGUGAAGCGCGUCGUAAGAAGGCUGCUUCAUGGGUCGCAUGUGUGUUCUCUCCAAGCCCAAGCACCGGACAGGAAACACCGGAGGCGCCCCACGAAGCAGAGGUCAGCAGCGCGAGCAACAAGUCGGCGGCCCCGUCUGCGCUGCACGCUUCCGAAGCGCAGCUGCCAUGCGCACAGCACGCGACCGACGGCGAGCGCCACGGCGUCGCCCAAGCCGGUGAAAACGCGACAGUGCACGCCAGCACCGACAGGGACGUUCUGCACUCGACCCAACUCGCCGAGGCCGGGGCACAGAUGGACGAUGCACUUCAGCAUCGCCGCCGUGAAGCAGCGGCACGAGAGGCACCCGCGGAGGAGCUGAAUCAGUUGCACUCGCUCGAGGCGGAGGUCGCUAGCUUGCACGCCACCGCAUCGGAGUCGCCGACUAAACAGUCCAGUCCCCCUCCCGUUGCGACGCAUGCCGAGGAGGAAGUGGCGGCGGAGGAGGUGGACAAUGCACUCCACGAUGCUGGCGCUGGCAAGGAUACGGUGGACGACGGGGCGUUGUGUCGUGCUCGCCGAGAGGAAGCCGCUGCUUUGGUUUCCGAGGCCAUUGAAUCCCGCGACAGCGAGCUGCCCGCGCUGCAAUCGCACGCGGAAGAGGCACCGGCAAGCCCGGAGGAAGAGAAGGAGGCUGAUGCGCUGCACUCCAUGGAGGCAGAGCUCCCGCGGCUUGUGGACUACGCGACGGAGCCUCCUGCGGAAGCUGAAGAGCGUCCCGAUGAGAGAGCUGACCUGCGUGAAGCGCGUCGUAAGAAGGCUGCUUCAUGGGUCGCAUGUGUGUUCUCUCCAAGCCCAAGCACCGGACAGGAAACACCGGAGGCGCCCCACGAAGCAGAGGUCAGCAGCGCGAGCAACAAGUCGGCGGCCCCGUCUGCGCUGCACGCUUCCGAAGCGCAGCUGCCAUGCGCACAGCACGCGACCGACGGCGAGCGCCACGGCGUCGCCCAAGCCGGUGAAAACGCGACAGUGCACGCCAGCACCGACAGGGACGUUCUGCACUCGACCCAACUCGCCGAGGCCGGGGCACAGAUGGACGAUGCACUUCAGCAUCGCCGCCGUGAAGCAGCGGCACGAGAGGCACCCGCGGAGGAGCUGAAUCAGUUGCACUCGCUCGAGGCGGAGGUCGCUAGCUUGCACGCCACCGCAUCGGAACUGCCGCUCGCAGUGGAGUCAGCGUCUUAUUGGGAGACUCCCUCCAACUUGUACGCCAUGCAAAGAGGAAUGGCGGCCAUGUGGGUCAGUAGCGUCAUGUCAGCUGCUCGCCGUGGAGCGCCGAGCGAUGUGAAGCAGGAGAAAAUACAGAAAGUGGAUGCGCCCGCGGGGAACAAGGCGAUGUCAGCGUUCGAGGAUACAAGUAUGCGCAGCGCAUCCGCCCCACCGCCGCAGGGGAAUGUGUGA